AUGGAUCAUCAUCACUAUAAUGAUCAAAAUAAUAGACAACAAAGUAAUCAUCAAAGAACACCAUCAUCAUCUAAUAAUAAUAAUAAUAACAAUAACAAUAAAGAUGAACUCAACUUAUUCUCUUUGACAUCAAAUUUGAAUACACUUACUUCAGUAUCUAAACUAUUGUCUGCAAGAAAAGGUAACACUAAAACAUAUCUUAGUGAAAAGUCACCAGAAGAUAUUGAAAAGGAAAAUAGAAUUAUUAAUAGUUUAGAUGCAGAAUACUUUAAAGAGGAUUUUGAUAUUGGAUAUUUAUUGAAUCAAAUACCACCAGAUCGUCCAUCAUCUUCAUCAUUGUCUGCAUCAUCAUCUACUUCUUCACUUUGUGAUUCAGUUGAUCCCACCAAAGAUGAAAUCGAUCCAAUCGACAAGUUGUCUGUCAGAAUCUAUGAAUAUCAUGAAGCUGUAGAUUCAAGAUUCAAUGAUUUAAUUAUGAAGAGUUAUAAUGGAUUUGUACAAGGAAUGUCACAAGUUUAUGAGAUUGAAAAGGAUUUAUCGCAUUCGGCGGUAAUGUGUAGGAGUGGUAAACAUUAUCUUGAUCAAGUUCAAAAGGGAUUGACAUCAUUUGGAAUGAUUCUAUUACAAAAACAUAGAAAACGUGCUAUCUACAAAUACAUUGUAAGCGAAUUGGAAACCAUCAAAGAUAUUGGUGAUGCCGGUCGUAAAAUUGAAACACUUAUUCGUCAACAUAGCUUUGGUGAUGCCAUUGAAUUGGCAAAUCAAUCUAGUAAAAAGAUAAUGUCUGCUUCACAAUAUCAAUGCAUUCAAACUAUUACUCAAGGUUUCGAGUCAUCAAAUCAAAAGAUUUUAGAUAAAAUAGAUUCAUCAUUUUCAAAAAUGUGUAAUGAAUUUGAUGCAAAGAUAUUUGAAAGUAUUAUAACCGGGUAUUUAAUGUUGGACCAAAAACAAAGACUAAGAGAAAAGAUUCAUCAAUAUUUUAUUACCAAUAUUGAAGAUCAUUCAAAAAGAAUUUUAAUUACUCAUAUGUCUCAUGGUUAUGAUAAUCCUGAAGAAUUAAAACCGAUGAAAUUUGUAGAUAUGUGUAAAAUAUUAAAAGAAGAUCAAUAUGUAUCAUCAUUAUUGGGAUUAUUGGAACAUUUGACAGAUUUGAUGUGGUCGCAUUAUCAAAUGAGAAAAUGGAUACUUGAAUGGUUGGCUACAAAUACAACGAGUAGUGACCAUCACCAAAGUAAUGGUACUAGUAGUGAUGGAACAUCUCCACAACCAUCAUCAUUAACCAAUGGAAAGAAAUUAUCUUCUUCAUCAUCAUCCUCUUCGUCAUCUUCUUCUUCAUCUUCUGCUGCUGCAGCUGCUUCAUCAGAGAGAGAUUUUUAUAUUGAUACAUUUAGAGUGAUGAUUGGAACUAAAAAGUUAAUGUGGAAUACUAUACAAAACCAAAUCAAACAUAUUCUUGGAGCAUGUAGUCCAUCAUUCAAGAUUGAAGAGUUUCUCAAGGUACUGGAAUCAGUCAACCAAUUUAUUGAUAUUGGACAAGAGUUUGCCAAUGAAGAGAGGGAAGGUACACACGGACAGUAUCUAUCGCUUCUCAAGGCUGCUAUGCGUGACCAGUCAUUGGCCUAUUUCGAACACUUCCACAAAAAGAGAAUAGAGGAUCUUAGAACCAUGCUCGAGAAUGAAAUGUGGCACAAGGUACCAUUGGCAACUGAUUUUACAGUUUUGGAUAUUCAAGAGUUUGGUGGAGUCAUGAAGAACUCUUCAAAAACAUCAUCACUCUCAUCUUCUUCGUCGUCAUCAUCGUUGCCCAAAUCAUCUUCACAAACUGCAUUGGCGGCAUCUGCAUUCCUAUCACUCAACCUCGAUCAGAACAAGCCAAGUCUCGACCUACAAGUACACGACGUUGCAUUCUUUAACAACUUUAAGAUAAAUGGUAAUCCAUUUGCCUAUAAAGAAUUAUCAAAUAGAAAGACUUUGAAUGAAGCAUCUGGUGACAAGUUGGGUCAUCAAGAACAACAACAACAGCAACAACAACAACAAAAUGGAACGAGUGGUACAAAUGGACAAUCAACAACAACAACAACAACAACAACAUCAAAUACUAGUUCUCCAUUGAUUGCUUCAACUACCAUUAAUGUCAUUCGUCUUAUUGGAAAGUAUCUACAAAUGAUGAAGAUUUUAAAACAAUUAGCAUACCCAAUCUUUACUGCAAUUGCUCAAUUAUUGGAAUAUUACGUUUAUACAGUUUACACAUUUUUUGGUGAAUCUUCAAAUUCCCUAUUAUUUACUGAUGAUUCAAUUUCAAAUAUAAGUCCAAUAUUAAAGAAAACAAUGCAAAGAUUAAAAAUUAAAUUUAAUGCAGCUACGCCAACACCAAGUACACCUACAACAUCAUUAUUAUCAUCGACACAUUAUUUCCAAUCCAAAUUGACAGCUUCACCCAUUUCACUUCGACAAUCUGUCGACUCUAGUAAAUCACCCAAUCUUUCCCAUCUUUCACUUCAACAUCAAAAUUCAGACGAUGGAGCCAUCUCUAUCAAUUGGAUACUCCCUAAACUAUCAGAUGUCGAUUUGGCCAACAUGAAAACAUUAUACGGUUUGGAAUAUAAAAUUAUUGGUUUGGAAUCAAUGAUGUUUAUUGUUGAUGCUAUAAUGGAAGCUCAACCUUUAGUUUUUAAUUUAAUACCAAAUGAAAAAAUGGAAGCAAUAUCAUUAUUUUAUUCAGAAACUGUUAGUGUUGUUAGUGCAUUAAGAAGUGUUUGUUAUAAAAAUAUUGCAUCACAAAUUUUAAAUUUUGAACAAAUUUAUUCAAUGAUAUCAAGUGUUAAAUGGGAACCAAAAGAUGUUCAAACAGAAUCAAGUCCAUAUGUUAAACAAAUAUUUAUUGAAUUCCAUCGAUUUGCAGGUCAUUUGGAUGAGAUUGCAACGAGAAGUGGAGUGAUUACACCAAAGGUUCGAAAUAUAUUGUGGGAGAAUACCAUCACUUUUGCAAUGGAAGCAUUGAUUGAAGCAUUCUCUCGAAUUAAAAAAUGUAAUAAUAAUGGACGUACUCAAAUGACAAUGGAUGUAAAGAAUCUGCAAUCGACACUUGAACAAUUGACCACGAUCCGUCCUAUUCCACACUACCAAGCCGUCGACAAAUACAUUAAAGCCUAUUUCCUUCCAGAGACUGAUAUCUAUAAUUUGGCACGUGACGAAGAAUACACUAUCAAACAGGUGAUUAGUAUAGUCAAUGUUGUCAACCAUCUCAAGAAACCACAAAAACAAAAACUACUCUCCGAUUUGGAAGACCUAGAAAAACAAAGAAAAAAGGAAUUGGAUGCUCAAAAAUUACAUGGUCAAUCAAAUUAA